UUACAAAGAUGUGGUGCAAAUGAGAAUUAUGGAAGGUCUGUAUGAAGGUCCAUAUGAAAUAAAGGGAGGGAUAUGAAAUGCGUGAAAUACAGUGACCCAGCUGAAAAUGGCUUAUGACUUUUAGUCUUUUGGUUAUGUUUAGUCUUCUUUGUGCACGUUGUACAAGAACCAGUGAAGUGUGCCUUCCAAGAGUUCUAGAUUUGAGUAGCUAAAGCUUCAUGCAAAAGGAUAUAUCCUUCUCUUUAAUUGCAAGAUUGCUCUGCAGCCCCAUUCUGUCACUGCUCUGUCUGCUGAUGUUUAUUCUCCCUUUCUAGCUGCAUAUCUUGAACUAAUUAUCCCAGUGCAGAUAGAAGGGAAGUGGGAUGGUGAAUGGUGAGGAGUAAGUUAAAUAGAGCAGAGUUGGUUCUUCAAUGUCAAAACCUUGUGGUGGUCACAGGACAAUUCACCAGAAGGCAGAUUGUGGGAACUGAGCAAGUUAUACUUGUCAUGGAGGAUUUCUUAUGAGAUAUUCUCAGGGUUUAUAAAGGCAUGGUUAGCAGGUGGUGAUGAGACUGCAAAGACAUACAAAAUGAAGAAGAAAAGUUUUUCAGAAAGUGACUGUGUUGUGUGGGAGGGAAUAAAUGAACUACGAAUAAAAGAGAAGUAGUAAAGGGGAAAAGUAAAGACUCAGAUUGAUAAUCAUGAAGUAUGUAGAGGUGAAGUAACUGGACCAGCCAAGGCUCUUCAAUUUAUUUAUUAAUCAUUUCUGAACGCCAUCUGGCUUGUUGGUAAUUGUAGCUAAGGACUUGAUAAUGUGGCCAGCCUUUUAUGACUUUGUGGAGCAAAGUAGAUUAAUGGUGACUGGUGACAUCUUUGGUUUUAAAUAGUUGCUUUUACCCCAGCUUGAAGCUGGUGAUUUGUCUGUGAGCUUUAUUGUCUCUGCGCUUUGAAAUUUUCAUGUUGUUGAAGACUAUUUACAACUUAAUGGUGACUAUGGCAAACUUAUACAAGCUGCUGACAUGCAGUGUCAUGGUUAGAUGUCUGCAAGUCCAGGGAGUGGGACAGAGAAUGCUUGCCACUGGCAAAUCAGAGGUUUUGCCUGACCAGUGUUAAAAAAGAUGCCAUCUAUUUUUCUAGAAGCUCUGCUCCUGUCCUUAGAUAUGUAUGUAUAUACAUAAUGGGAGGCUUAGCCAUAUCUCUGAAAUCCAUUUGAGCUGAUGAUCCAGUGAGUCAUCAAACUCAUUAGUAUGUCUUGGCUUUUUCAUUUUGUCUCUUAAAGUUCAUUUUUGCAUUUUUCUUAAGAGUAAUGUUGCAUUAAUUGGCUGGCAUGUGGGCAAUGUCCUUAGUGGCAUGCUGGUCCUUGAAAGUGGUCAUUCUGAGUCACAGAAUGAUUGUCCUGUUUGUUUCUGGGUUUUCACACAGCAACAAGAUGACAAGUAGGAGAAACAACAGUAACAAGGACUCUGUACUCUUCCUUUGGUUGUACCAAAGCAGCUGGUUAUCUUCAUCAUUUAAGCAUUGAUGUCUUUCUUAGAGCUGACUUGCAGUUGUUUAACAAUUGGAGGUAAGAUAUUGUUAUCAUCAAUUUGGUGAGAUGACUGAGUAUGGAUGCCCUUAAUCAUGUCCUGAAACUUUGACUUUGGCCAUUGGUUGGUAGCGUUGAGUUAGCCAGUCUUGGAAUGAUCAAAGAAGGAUGUGGUACUACUUGCAUAUGAUGCCAAAGGAAGAAGAGAAAAAUACCAGAUUAUGUGGUUAUUUCUGUAUUUAAGUACUUCUGCUACAGUCCCACUGGUACAAUCUGUACACCUAGCGAGAUUAAUUCGUUUCAAAUUUUAUGCUUUAACCACUAAAUCAUCUCCAGCUGGCACUGAAAUAAAGUGAUUUGCAUCAUCUACAUCAGCAGGGAAGUGUCACCUUUGUUAAAAAAAGAACCACCGACACACAGACUUAAUUAUCUAUUCAGAGUGCGAGCUGGCAGCUCAAAUGUAGUGACUUCAGUUCUCUGCCGAACUGAACCAGAUAUUUAGAGGCAUGGACAAAUUCACACUUCUCUGCAAAAAUAACAGUAGCUUCUAGAUAUAGCUCUAACUUCUAGAUUAGCUAUAACUGAUUUUUUAAAACAGCUUUUUUGUUUUGUUUCGUUGGUGCAUCCUUUAUGCAGUUGGCUUUACUGCUUAUCUGUUGCCAGUUUCCGUAUUGCUGCUGGCAAACAUGUUUAAUAAAAGGAGCAAGUGGCUGUUCCAGAGCUGCAAUGAUGGACAGGUGGGUUCAGACUUCGGGCAGCUCGGUCUUUGAGCCUGACUCGUGACAUAGUCAUACUCGUAGAAUAACCUCAGCUGGAAGGGACCCACAGGGAACAUGAAGUCCAACUCCAUUGUACGUCUCUCCUUCGGCAGGAGCACCAACUGGCUUAGGUGAUAAAAGCUGUCAGCAUUUUGAAUGCUUCCCCUUGCUUGUCAAUCAAACCAAGAGCUUGAAAUUUAGUAUCAAAACAUUUUAAGAUGCUUUUGAGUCAAAUGAAAAUACACCUAUUCACGCUGUUGAAUAGUUUCCUUUUUGAAGUGUAUCUGGUAGGACGUGAGGCUGUCAUUUGGGGUCAUACAAACGGCUGUUUUUAGUUGGGGAUGCUAAAAGCGUGCGUGCUGAACAGCGCCCCGUGGGACCGGGAGCGCCCCGGCGUUCCUGCCCGGCCCCGUUCCGCCUGUCCGCUGGAUGUCAGUCCGUGUCUCCGCGCCGCUCCCCUUGGCAGAGCCGGAGCACUCCGUGCCGGAGCGGGGCCGCCCUUUAUGUCUGUGAGGAGCUGCUGCAUCCAGGUGGUGCUGGAGGAGGUUUUCUGGCUCUGAUGCUAGGAUUGUGGGCGGGAGCAACUCUUUUUUUCCCCACCUUCUUUUUUUUCCUCUCUCCUCUCCUUGUCCUCCCUCUUUCUCCCUGCACUCCGCUCCUCUGCCCGCACUGCAGACCCCCGCUAGCUCGCGGAGCCGCUGCCGCCCUCCGCGCCAUGCCACCGGCCCGCAGCCCCGGGGCAGCUCGCUGAGCCGCGGGCACCAUGCGGCAGGAGCGGCUGACGGGCUCGCUGCGGCGCGGCGGGCGAUGCCUCAAGCGGCAGAGCUCGGGAGGCGGCGUGGGCACCAUCCUCAGCAACGUCCUCAAGAAGCGGAGCUGCAUCUCCCGCACGGCGCCGCGCCUGCUCUGCACCUUGGAGCCAGGAGUUGAUACAAAAUUGAAAUUUACUCUUGAGCCAUCUUUAGGUCAAAAUGGUUUUCAGCAGUGGCAUGAUGCACUCAAAGCAGUGGCCAGGUUGCCGACAGGCAUUCCAAAAGAAUGGCGGCGAAAGGUUUGGCUGACUCUUGCUGACCAAUACUUGCACAGUAUAGCCAUUGACUGGGAUAAAACAAUGCGUUUCACAUUCAAUGAAAGAAGUAAUCCUGAUGAUGACUCUAUGGGCAUCCAGAUAGUAAAGGACCUUCACCGAACCGGUUGCAGUUCUUACUGUGGCCAGGAGGCGGAGCAAGAUCGAGUGGUAUUAAAACGAGUUUUGCUGGCUUACGCUAGGUGGAAUAAAUCUGUUGGCUAUUGUCAGGGCUUUAACAUACUAGCUGCACUCAUUCUGGAAGUGAUGGAAGGCAAUGAGGGAGAUGCGUUGAAAAUCAUGAUUUAUCUAAUUGAUAAGGUGCUUCCUGAUAGUUAUUUUGUCAAUAAUCUCCGUGCUCUCUCUGUGGAUAUGGCUGUUUUCCGAGAUCUUUUACGAAUGAACCUUCCUGAACUGUCCCAACACUUAGACACCCUGCAAAGAGCUGCUAACAGAGAAAGUGGAGGAGGCUAUGAACCCCCUCUUACAAAUGUCUUCACCAUGCAGUGGUUUCUGACCCUCUUUGCCACUUGCCUGCCUAACCAUACAGUUCUGAAGAUCUGGGAUUCAGUAUUCUUUGAAGGCUCUGAAAUUAUACUGAGAGUAGCUCUGGCAAUCUGGGCAAAGCUAGGAGAGCAAAUAGAGUGUUGUGAAACUGCAGAUGAGUUUUACAGUACCAUGGGCAAGCUAACCCAGGAGAUGCUGGAAGACAGUCUGAUUGACAGCAACGAACUCAUGCAGACUGUUUAUACCAUGGCUCAGUUUCCCUUCCCACAACUGGCAGAAUUAAGGGAGAAGUACACUUACAACAUUACUCCUUUCCCUGCGACAGUAAAGUCAACUUCACUUUCAGGAAGGCUAGGCAGAACCAGAGACAGCGAUGAAGAGAAUGAUCUAGAUGAUGAAGACUCCAUUGCCAAUGCAAUUGGCUGUCUUGGACCAUUAAGUGGCUUUUUGGCACCAGAGCUCCAAAAGUACCAGAAACAGAUGAAAGAUCAGAAUGAAGAACAAAGUCUGGGCUCCAGUAACAUUGCAGAACUUAGUCCUGGAGCAAUAGAGUCUUGCCGAAGCGAGUAUCACGCUGCUUUUAACAGCAUGAUGAUGGAACGUAUGACCACUGAUAUCAAUGCACUGAAAAAGCAGUAUUCCAGGAUAAAGAAGAAGCAGCAACAGCAGGUUCACCAUGUGUACAUCAGAGCAGACAAAGGGCCAGUUACCAGCCUCCUCCCUUCUCAGGUAAACCAUUCCCCAGUGAUAAACCACCUCCUUUUAGGAAAGAAGCUGAAAUCAAGUAACAAAUCUCUCAAGAAUGCUGUUAUCCACAUUCCAAGUCAUGCUACAGGGAAGAUGUCUCCCACUCCCCAAGAAGAUCUUAAAUCAAAACUGAACUCUCCGUGGCGCACUCACAUACGAGUUCAUCGAAAGAAUAUUGCUAGGGCUAAAGGCCAGCUGGGCUAUGGGGACACCAUAGGGCUUAUAGAUGAGCAGGGUGAGAGCUGUAAAACAAAUUGUCCCGGUGCAAAGGAGGACACUUCCAAACAUUCUGAUAUUGGAGAAGGAGGAGGUAGCUUGGAUGACAGGACUACUCGUAAAGCUGACCAGCAGUCUGCUGAUGCAGUCUCUACGGGCAGCAAUACAGACUUGACAGUGGUUCAGCUAAAACUGGAAACGCUGGAACUCACCUCAGAUAACAAAAGUGAUGCUGAGUCAACAUCCAGUCAGUCCUGCCAGCCACAUUUAUCUGAGUCGUCUACUUCAUCCACUGACAAUGGAAACCUGGCUAAAUCUUCCCAGCCUGGUAAUUCAAAGCCACAAGUCUUCAAUCCUUUCCCCAGUGUUAAGCCUCUUCGAAAGUCAGCUACAGCCAGGAAUUUAGGGCUGUAUGGCCCCACCGAAAGAACGCCAACUGUUCACUUUCCCCAGAUGAGCAGAAGUUUCAGUAAGUCAGCCAGUGCUAACAACGGGACCAGGAAACGAUGAUGUACCGCAUGGCACUUUCUAUUUCUGACAGCAACAAAAUUUGUAUUGCUUUUUUAAAUUUUAUUUUAUUAUGUUUGUGUGUAUGUGUAUCCCAAAGAGUUUCUAAUCUUCACCUAAUGAGGACAAAAGUGGUUACCAGAUGUAUAAUUUUGUGUCUUUGAAAAUUGUGCUCCCGUGUUGCUAUGGGAUAGAUUAGUGAAGAUGCACUUCGGCACCCUGUUGCUGAUUUCAGUGUUUCUGUGAUAAAAUAAACAGUGAUUUGGAGCGUGAAGCAUACUAAAAUCACCAGCUGCCUUUAACCCAUAGGCCUCAAUGGCUGCCUCUUGUUUCUUUCAAAGCUGUGAGGACAAACUGUCUGCCUGGUGCAGCAAAACCAUAAUGCAGUUUUUAAACCUGUUAUGCAGCCUCCUGGUUAGACUUCUUCGUCACGCUGAGUAACUGGAGAAGCCACAACUAGCAAAAGCACAAGCAGCCCUCACAAUCAAAAGUAUCACUUUUGUUGUUGAACAUGGACAUAUGUUUAUACUGAACCAUGUGGCUUCAACCGUUCUCCAAUUGCAUGCCAUGCUUCUCUUCCCAUGGCAAUCCUCUGCUGAUAAUGUUUUUAAUAUGAAUGUAAAUCAGUGAGUGUGAGAAUAACAGACAUAAGUCCUUCCACAACACUGGUUUGCUCCUUUUCUUUUGCAUAUAAUGGCUGGGGAGUUGCAGCACUGCAAAAUUAGGUAUAAGGUACAACUAUGUGUAUAGUUGUGUUGAAUGUUAUGACACAUCUUGGCUUUAGUGGAUGUAAAACUGUUACCUAGAUUACAACCAGUUUUGUAAUUAAAUCAUAUUUGCCUGCUUAGCAGUAGGUAAAAUACAUGAAUGUUCCAAAGUAGUUUAGAAGUUAAAAUUCUAUAAAUAGAAUAGUAAGAUACUUAGGGUGCCACUUGUCAUUAAAACCCAGCACAUCAGCCACUAUGUUAGUGGAUUGGACCCUUUGGACUGCCAGGAGUUCCCUGCAUGGUUCUGGCUUGUUGAGAAACACCAAUGGCUAAGUUGUAAGCUGUAUAUUUACUUCUCAGUUAGUCUCUGCCAGUUGCUUAGAACGUUUUCUCAGAAGCCUGACUUUUGAUACAUGUCCCUCACUAAAGUUUUGCAAAGCUGAUAAAUACCAUGAGACAAACAACAUUUAUAUGUGUAUAUAUAAAUGUAAGCAGGUAGGCAAAGAAACUAAAUGUGGAUCGUUCAGCUUUGGGGUUGCAAAAUCAAAGCAGUCAAACUCCAGCAAAUCAGGUUGCUCUUAAAAGAUUACAGCUCUGCCACACUGUAUGCAUUGACUCUGAUUUGUGACAUUAAUACUUCCAGGUUCCUCAUGAUGUUAAACUGUCCUGACUUUAAGCUGAUGUAAAGGCAGUAAUGACAAAUCAAUCCCACUGUAUCUAUUUCCUCAUCCUCAUUCUUUGUUAAAUUUGGAAAUUAACAUAUUAUUGUCUAUUUAUUAAUGUAUCCCAUGACUUUUAGGAUGUGAUAACAAUUUUAGCUGUACAAUAUACCCUGUUCAUUGUUGUGGGGACAAAUUAAUUUCACUGUUGUACUUUAUACACGUGUAUGCAUAUAGGAUAGUAUACAAGUACGAACAUCAUGAAUUUUAAACAGUUAUAGAUCAAAUCUUGCCCCUGCCUUAUUUCAGGUUAAGUAGUAUUGUCGAUAAUGAUUAUUUGUAGCAUUAAGUAAACUUAAAAUAAUGUAGAAUUUAGUCACUAAUCAAUGGACUGUAUGAGAACUGUUUCUGCCUUGAUUUAAAAGAAAUGCACUUCUUUUCAAAAUUGUACUGUGAAUCAUUUUCCCCAUUUUUUCGUAGCUUUAGCAGAUCAUGCGGCUGUGUAUGGAACCAGUGAAAAAUAAAAGGAAUGUCAUUAUGAAAAAGAAAAAAGCUAAAAUGUCACAAGUAUGUGCAUGAAUUUUUGACACAUUAAGAUGUGAUUAAGUAAUGGAAAAUUAGCAGGCUUUGCAUAGAUGAUGGUCUGGGGAAAGAAAUACCAAUAAAAUACUAAUUCUGGUGAUUCAGACCUAAUCAAUGAUGACUGUGCUUUGAGGGACCUGAGCUUUACUUGGACUGUUAGAAUUGAGGCAAAGCAACUGU